AUGGAGGAGAAGCUCUUCUUUGUAAAAUGCCUCCUUUACGCGCUCUCGUGUUCGGGAACAAUCAUGCUGCGCUCAAUUUUCGCCAAUCUCAAUUUCCCACUUGUUCGCCUUUUCAACAAAACUUCAAUAGAAGUUUUAAAUAUUGAUGACAGUGGAACGUUGAUGAUGUCAAUUUGCACGACUUUCAUCGCCAUCAGUCAAGUGCUCAUGAUCGCUUUGUUGAUACCGAUUAUGGCGUGGAAAGGAGAGAAAUUCGUUUGCGUUCAAGUGAAAUUCAUUCUCUCGAUCAUCGGCGGUGUAUUGCUGACUCUUUCUUGGUGUCUCGAGUCGGCUUUCCCAUUUCUCGUCGGUAUUUUUCUCGUCUUUUCAGCAGCCUCAAUUGUCAACGUUGCGGACACGCUAUUCCUCACGAAAAUCGCUCCCAACAAGCAUAAAAAUUUCUACGGUUCGCUUAUCGUGCCAGCUACUUCACUACAAUUUUUUCUAAUGAUGUUUUUAAGUCGAGAUGAUGUUUUUGGAAAUGAUAAAAAUUGGGGAUGGAUUAUUAUAAUUUCUAUGCUUCUCUGCACAUUGAAUUUAUUGAUUGGCUCAACUCUGCCGAACGAUUUCGAGAAGAAAAGUGAUCAAGGGUUGAUGAAAUUUACGAAAUCCUACACAAAGCACACACGACAAUUGCUCGAGGAGCGAGAUCUCAGAAAAACGCUUUACCUUUUAAUCAUCUCUCAAUUGAUGUUUAUUCUCUGCGUCUCACUAAUUGAAGCCACAUUUAUCAUGCCGAUUUAUAAAAGAGAGGGAAUGGAUCAAAAUUCGAUCCUCACAAUGAAAACGAUCACCUACUUUGCGGCUCUAGUUCCGGCUUUUCUCGGCCCUUUUCUCAUCAAUAGUCUCUCAAAGAAAACUCUCGCUAUCACUUUUUGCCUCACCAAUGUUGUAAAGUCACUCGGCCACAUGAUUAAUGGACAACUCAAGUCAAAGUUAUUAUGUUAUUGCAAUUCAAUCAUCGAGGGAGCGGUGACAAGUUGUGGGAUUGUUUCCUUGCCUUUAUUAUUAGCUGACGAAUUACUGCCAGCUGAAUACGUGGUAGCUGGAAGUCAAACGAAGUCUUAUUUGGCCGAGAAGACUCCCCUGCUCAUUCCUCCAAAACCCUUU